AUAUAUCGUAUUGUAACGUCCCUGCGAUUAGGUUAUUAAAGUAUGUUGUUUUUCGUCUUAUCAGUCCAAGUAUUGUCUGAAUGCUUUCACUAUCGGUUUUCGGGAAAUGCUGAAUUCGGACUUGCAUGCUACGAUACUACUCUUACAAAGAAGUAAUUCGGUUUCAUUAUUAUGCCGGUGCGAAUUCAGCUAAAGAGAUUCUUAUUAUUGAACCGAUUCAAAUGAUUCAUUGGAAAUAUCAGACUCAAAGAAUGAGUUAUCAGCUCUCUUAUUUUAGAAGUUAGCUGCUUCUUGUGUCAGGACGAGAAAAUAUUUCAUAAUCUUAGUAUUAUUAUUGUAGAAUUUCUUCACAUGGUAACAUUUUACAGUAAGGUUUUGUAACCUUAGUUUACAGUGUGGCCUAAAAAAAGAAAACUUCUAAAGCAUUUAAUGGCGUUCGCAUCAUGUUGACUCUGGUCAGAAUAUGCAGGCUGCAAGCGUUCAGGGCGCAGACGUUUGCUCUUCCCAGUUCGCAAACCCUGCCUUUGCUUAUUCAAGGAAGUCGCUGGAGAAGUGGCAAAAGUGAGUUGAAAAGGCGCAUGAAAGCUGAGAAGAAGGCAGCUGAGAAGGAAGCCAAGGUCAAAGAACAGCAGGAACAGGAGACCAAUGACAAGCCAGAGCAAAAUGCAUUUGGGGCCGAUGAGGAAACCCUGGACCCAAAUCAAUACUUCAAGAUCCGUUCUCAAGCCAUUCAAGCCUUGAAGGGAACAGCUGAAGACCCGUACCCUCACAAGUUCCAUGUGGACUUGUCGCUUAUGGAGUUCAUUGAGCGAUAUAGCCAUCUUCAGCCAGGGGACCACUUGACUGAUGUUGUCCUCAGUUUAUCAGGUCGUGUCCACGCUAAGAGGGCUUCAGGUGCCAAGCUGCUGUUCUAUGACCUGCGAGGAGAAGGGGUCAAGCUGCAGGUCAUGGCCAACUCCAGGAACUACAAAUCAGAAGAAGAUUUUGUGCACAUUAACAACAAAUUAAGGCGCGGGGACAUCAUUGGUGUCCGGGGGAACCCUGGCAAGACAAAGAAGGGCGAGUUGAGCAUCAUCCCAGUGGAGAUGACACUGUUGUCUCCGUGCCUUCAUAUGCUUCCCCACCUUCACUUUGGCUUGAAAGACAAGGAAACCAGGUUCCGACAGCGAUAUCUGGACCUGAUUCUUAAUGACACCGUGCGACAGAAGUUUGUUACCCGUUCCAAGAUUAUCACUUAUCUCCGCAGUUUUCUGGACCAGCUUGGGUUUCUUGAGAUUGAAACGCCAAUGAUGAAUCUGAUACCUGGUGGAGCUGUAGCAAAACCUUUUGUCACCUACCACAAUGAGCUCAAUAUGAACCUCUACAUGAGAAUUGCUCCUGAGCUUUACCAUAAGAUGCUGGUAGUCGGUGGGAUCGACCGUGUGUAUGAGAUCGGGCGUCAGUUCCGUAAUGAAGGCAUCGAUCUCACCCACAACCCCGAGUUCACCACAUGCGAGUUCUACAUGGCUUAUGCGGACUAUCAUGACCUGAUGGAAAUCACAGAGAAGCUUCUCUCAGGAAUGGUGAAGCACGUGACCGGAGGCUAUAAGGUGACGUAUCAUCCUGAUGGUCCAGAAGGACAAGCCCAAGAAAUAGACUUCACUCCUCCCUUCAGACGGAUCAGCAUGACCCGAGACCUGGAGAAGGAAUUGGGAGUGAAGUUUCCAGCUCCUGACACCUACGACAGUGAUGAAACGCGCAAGUUCUUAGACGACCUUUGUGUUCAGAAAGAAGUUGAAUGCCCUCCUCCUAGGACGACUGCUCGUCUUCUUGAUAAGUUGGUGGGAGACUUCCUGGAGGUGAAAUGCAUGAACCCAACAUUCAUCUGUGAUCAUCCACAGAUCAUGAGUCCUCUAGCAAAAGGGCACAGAGCACAGAAAGGUCUGACCGAGCGCUUCGAACUCUUUGUGAUGAAGAAGGAGAUCUGCAAUGCCUACACCGAGUUGAACGAUCCCGUCAGACAACGAGAACUGUUUGAGCAGCAGGCUAAGGCCAAGGCGGAGGGUGACGAUGAGGCGAUGUUUAUUGAUGAGACCUUCUGCACUGCCUUGGAGUACGGGCUUCCACCCACGGCAGGAUGGGGCAUGGGCAUCGACCGGCUCACCAUGUUCCUCACAGACUCCAACAACAUCAAGGAGGUGCUUCUCUUCCCUGCUAUGAAACCUGAAGAUAAUAAAGCAGCUUCACCUGCAGAGGGCACAUCCGUGUAACACACCUGAGGAUUUCAUCCGUCUCUGGAUUUCUUGAUUCAACCUGAACUGUCCAUUUUGUUGUCACUGAAUAUUCAAGACCUAUGCACUGUUCAUAAUGAAAGGAAGGAUUUCAGCAGUUAUUUUAACUCACAGUUUAAUGGGGAAUAAGAACCCUGUUUUCUUUUCUCUGUUGCCUGUUGUCGAUUUCCUGGUGAAUAAACAAUAUGUUUCUCAGACAUAUUUGGAUGUUUUAUGAUCUUCUCUCCAACUGUAUGUUUUUAACGAUGGCUGUUCAAUUGAAUCCCAUUAAAUAAUGACUUGUUAAACCCAAA